AUUUCAAACAGCUGUUGUGACAUAACCUCGGACUCAAAAAAUCGCUAUAAAAUGCUGAGAAGAGUACUGCCAAGUGUGCGGGUGGGUCUGCAAUUAGCUAAGCCAACGUCGACGACGGUUAGAAGCAGCAGCGGCAGCGUAUAUGAACCGGACUACCUAGAGUCACUUAAGCCGAAAUUCCCGCAGUACGAAAGCCUUAAUGUUCAAAUCAAAGGCUAUGAUUAUCCCCAGCUUGAGAGUUACCAACGCUUCCUCCACGGAGUGGCCGAAUAUCUUGAUCUCGAUGUGUCGGACUGCUAUGCCCUGCCGCCACAGCAAACCCAAGUUCAGCGGCUGCGUCCCAAUUCCACAGUCAUUGAGGCCGAAUACAAGUUGACUACCUACGAACGCAGCCUGCAGCUGAGCAAUGUCGAUGCCCCCGUCUAUCCUCAGUUCCUGCGGAUAGCCCAGGCUGCCUUACCAGAAGGUGUGAACCUGACAGUGCAGGAGCACACAGAUGACUGCGAGGAACGUCGCUAUGUGCCCGACAGGGAUCUGCUCGACCUCAAAGCAGAACUGGAGCGCAUGGGUGGUGCGAGCACCAAGAAAAAGUAACUUCGCAAUUUGGCAAACAUUUAAUGCUAAGAUUUAAUGAAUAACCUGUGUGUGUAUAGAGUAUAGAGAGAACCUAUGCAUAAAAAACUUUCCUAUUUAAA